AUGCCAUCAAGUACUGUAGAUAGCCUUUCAAAAUUCCUCCAAAAAUUCGAAUUGGGGGUUCUAAAGACCAUGGCUCAGAAGGCUCUUUCUGAAACAAAACAAGAUGAUGUCCAAGAACUCAGCAACGAUCUCAUAGAUUGGGCCUAUGAACAAGGCAUUAAGAAAUUUAUUGGACAACUCGACGCCUCUACUCUCAAAAAAUCCAUGGCAGAGGCUGGAGUGAAAGACAUUGAUGCAAAUGGAACCAAAGAAGCUCUAGGUGAGAGAUUUUUGGAUGGUGUUGAGCAAGACGAGGGCGGGCCUGAAGGAUUCUUGUCAAAAAUGGAGAUUGCCACUCUGAAAAAUUUUGUGAAAAUUCUGGGAUUUGAAACAGACGCCAAAGAUCAACAACAAUAUGCUGAAGACAUUUCUGACGAGCUGUUACUUAACGGAACACGCAUGUUAUUCGAUUUUGUUGACGGUGAUACCUUGAAACAUACUGCUAAAAAGCUGAACUUAAAAGUUCCCAAAUCAGCAUCGAAAUCAGUGGUCCAAGAUAUUCUUCUGAACGAAGUAUUUCCAGGUCUCAGCCCAGAAGAGGAAGAGAAACCAAAGAAAGAAAAAAAGUCUAAGAAGUCAUCUGAGUCGAGCGCAAAGCAAACACGGGAAGAGAUGAAUGAAAAGAUUAAGCGUGAAAGACCUGAUCUUCCUGAUUGCAAAACCUUUGAUGACAUUUUCCAAAAUUACUGGGUUGAUGAAUUAAGAGAUUUCUGUAAAAAAAACGACAUUAAGAGUCAAGGAAAUAAGAAAGAUCUUAUUAAGAGGAUUAUAGCAUUCAAUGAGGAUCCUAAUAAUAAGGGCUUUACUGAAAAGAAGAGAAAACGUAAGACUGGAAAAUCUUCAUCUAAAAAAGAGAAGAAAGAACAUACCACAACAAAUGGAGAUGCCAGUGCAUCAUCAACACCUAAGGAAGAAUAA